CUACGACGGGACCUCUGACCUGGCCACCGUGGAGUCCUACGACCCUGUCACCAACUGCUGGCAGCCCGAGGUGUCCAUGGGCACCAGGAGGAGCUGCCUGGGGGUGGCAGCCCUGCACGGGCUCCUCUACGCUGCCGGGGGGUACGAUGGGGCCUCGUGCCUCAACAGUGCAGAGAGGUACGACCCGCUGACGGGCACCUGGACGUCCAUCGCUGCCAUGAAGGCAACCUCUAUGCAGUGGGGGGCUACGACAGCUCGUCACACCUGGCCACGGUGGAGAAGUACGAGCCCCAGAUGAACACCUGGAGCCCCAUUGCCAACAUGCUGAGCCGCAGGAGCAGUGCAGGUGUGGCCGUGCUCGAGGGGAUGCUCUACGUGGCCGGGGGCAAUGAUGGCACCAGCUGCCUUAACUCCGUGGAGCGCUACAACCCCAAAUCCAACACCUGGGAGAGCGUGGCCCCCAUGAACAUCCGCAGCAGACUCUGGGUUUGUGGAAAGGAAUCAGUUCUUGGAGGAAGAACAGUCCGGCCUUCUGAACAGGAGGGAUUGCCUGGCAUUACUUUUUUGGGUAUUAAUUUUUUUAUUUGCCUUUUUUUAUUUGAACGCUAAUAUGACUCCAUAUCCCUUUGUUUUUUACUCUGCCCUGGUACUCCCCAUCCCUCUGCUCUCCAGGCAGCAGGAGGGGUGCAGUUCCUUCUCUCGUCUGUUGAGGAGAUGAUUCCUGUGCCCUGGAGGUUCUCUCUGGAUAGGUGGGGUGUGUGCAUGUGUGAGAUGCCAAAAGCAGCACGGGAGGGACCCUUUCCAAUCAGCGACUCCCUGGCAAUUAAACAACCCCUCUAAUGAGCUAAAGCUUGGCUAAAUUAGCGCUGUGAGGCCUGUCCAGAGCCAGGGCCCCGUGCUGUGGUGUUUCAGGGUGUGCUGUGUGUGUAAGCCGUGAGCUGAGGCGCAGCUCAGGUGCUCUGCACACCGCAGAGGAACGACUCAACCGCUGGUACCUCAAUGUGCCCAAAUGUUCAAAUGUAGCAUUGGAAAUAUGGUCCAACUGUUUGGAACUCGUUCCUUCCUCCUUUUUCCCCCCCCUGCUCCCCAGUUCUCACUCACAGAGCUCAGAUUUCACUCCUGUGGUUCCUGUGGGCCUGAAUUCUCAGGUAGCAGGAGAUGCUGCUUCCUGAGGAGCAGGGACAGGGCAGAGUGGCUCCUGUGUGCCCUGGCUGGCUCCUGAGCAAUAUCCCACUGAGCCCGACCCAUGGGAACCCAGCCGAGAGGGAACCUCCUGUCUGUGCUGCCCAAACUAUGCAGGAAAGGGCAAAAACAACCCCCCAGCACCUUCUGGGGGUCCCCAGCCCCCCGACCCACACUGUGUGGACACGAGGUGUCAGCGCCUGCCCUGGCACGUGCCAGGGUGGGAUCGCUCCUGGUGCUGCCCGUCCCCUGCCGAGGAGGAGGAGGAGGAGGAGGGGACGCCUGUCUGUGUCUGUCUGUCUGUCUGUGCUGUCUGAGGGGAGGAGAACAACUCUGUGGCUUCCCUGCCAGUUUCAGUCCGUGCUGUCUCGCCCAAGAUGUUCCUUGUUGAGCUCCCAGCAGAGGAGCAUCCCCAAACCGGGGGGCUCCGGGCUCUGGGGUCCUCCCCAGCAGGGCCAGGCUGGAGCCCCUGCCCUGGUUUGGGGCUCCCUGGGCCUCCCUGCUGGGCACACCUGGUCCAGAUCCAUGUCCGAGCGUCGUCACUUUGAUUUCUCUGUACCUUUAUUUAUGUGGAACUCUGUUUUCUCUGAAUUUUUUGCACUACAUGGGGCUGGGGAGGGGAUACAAGCAAUAGAAGCCAACGUGUACAAUAAAGACAUUUUCUUGGA